GGGUAACAUUUUGCAUGAAAAUUACCGGAAGAUUUUUUUUCUUGUUAUCUCUUUGAGCCCUUCUAUGAAGAAUUAAUAAGAGGUUGAAUGUGCGCAUGGUUAAAAUGGAUCAUCUUAAAGGACUGAAGUUCCAAAAAUACAUCAGCAGGACCAGACAGGUUUGACCUAAUGAGAUUUCUAUUUUCGCCUGACUUCUGGAACUCUGAAUAAACUAAAGCAAACGAUGCAAGGUCCUGCUAGGGAGAUUUCUCUUCUGAAACAGCCCAUCCACAUACCUUGUUUUUUCUUGUGCGGAUCAUUUGGGAAGAGUGUGCUUAGUCAUCAAUUUCCUAAAGAAUAAAACGAUAAGGCACUUGGCAACAUCUCACCUGGGAAGUGGGAUCCAAAGCAAACAUCAGAAUCCUACUGGAAAGUGGGUUUCGGUAAAGAAGCAGACACCAGGAAGGAGGAAGAGAAAGGUCCGCACGAGCGCUGGCUGAGAUGGCAGAAGGUCCUGGGGAGGCCUCCACUCUGCCCAUCACAGCAAAGAAAAAGAAAAGCCUGUCCAUCGAGGAAAAGAUUGACAUCAUCAACGCUGUGGAAAGUGGCAAGAAGAAAGCAGAGAUUGCAGCUGAAUAUGGAAUAAAGAAAAAUUCUUUGUCUUCUAUCAUGAAGAAUAAAGACAAGGUUCUAGAAGCUUUUGAAUCUCUGAGAUUUGACCCAAAGAGAAAAAGGCUGAGGACUGCUUUUUACACCGAUCUGGAAGAGGCAUUAAUGAGGUGGUAUCGAAUUGCGCAAUGUCUGAAUGUGCCCGUUAAUGGUCCAAUGCUGCGUCUCAAAGCUAAUGAUUUUGCCCAGAAACUGGGCCAUAAUGAUUUCAAGUGCAGCAAUGGUUGGCUGGAUCGCUUUAAAUCUAGGUAUGGCUUAGUAUUCAGAGCUCAGCCUGUAGACCCUACAGCCGCACCCGCAGACCCUUCGGUUGUCUGGUGUCAAAAUGUACUUCCUUAUUAUUUAAGUGAUUACCGUCCUAAAAAUGUGUUUAAUAUAAAAGAGACUGGGUUGCUCUAUCGAAUGUUACCUACAAAUACAUUUGCAUUUAAAGGAGAAACCUGCUCGGUUGGAAAACUGUGCAAAGACAGAGUGACUCUGGUGGUCGGGGCAAACGUGGACGGCUCGGAGAAGCUGCCUUUGCUCAUCAUUGGGAAACGCAGGAAUCCACAGUGUUUCACAGGGAUUAAAUCCUUGCCUGUGCAUUAUGAAGCCAACAGAAUGGCCUGGAUGACCGCAGACGUGUUUGAGCAAUGGAUGCGGAAGCUUGAUGAGAAAUUCCAAGCCGAACACCGAAGAGUGGUGGUUUUUGUCGAUUCUUCUCCUGCACACCCAGAGGUAACAAACCUUAAAUCCAUUGAGUUAGCAUUCCUUCCGACAUGUUUGUCUUCCAAAUUUAUAGCUAUGAACCAAGGUGUUAUCAAAAGCCUUAAGAUCAAAUACCGACAUUGUCUUGUCAAGAAAUUUUUAAGCUCUGUGGAAGGUGGCAAGGAAUUCACAUUCUCCCUGCUAGAUGCAGUCGAUACUUUGCAUCUCUGUUGGAGGAGCGUCACCCCAGAGACGAUUCUGAAGAGCUACGAAAAGGCAGGAUUCCAAUCUCAAAAGGGAGACGGUGACACCUCAGAGGCAGAGACGGACACCGGUCUUGAUAUGGUUGCCCACGCGCUCGCGGCAGGAGUAGAAUUUCCUGAAGGUAUCUCCAUCGAAGAGUAUGCUGCCCUGGAUGAUGAUUUGAAGACAUGUGAAGCAGCAUCCAAUGAGGAGGUGGCCAGAGAAGGUAAAUCAGAAGAAAGUGCAUCUUAUACUUCUGACGAAGAGGAAGACCGUGGUGCUCCGGGAACUGAACUCACACUGCCAUCAGAAACGGAGGCAGUAACUGCUUUGGAGACCCUUAAAAGAUUUCUUAGAAGUCAAGCUAUGAAUGAUGUGCUUCAUAAUUCUUUAGCAGACCUUGAAAAUUUUAUCAACUCUUUAUCAUCUAAAUAAUUAUUUUGUGGAUGAGAUCUGAAAAGUACUAGAUUCUCCUGGUGUGUUUUAUUAUAUAAGGUAUAUAAAGGGGAAAUACCACUUAAAUAUAAACACUGAGAAACUUGUAAUCUUUGGCUUCAUUUAAAAAUCCAUGGUCUGAAUAGGAAA